AUGGGGCGUGACGUAUCUGUCUUGGUCUGCGGUCGUCAUGAUGCUGAUGCUGUUAAUAAGUAGAGCACCGGACAACUCAGCUCCGACGUCCGAGCUUGAAGCUCCCCGGACCCGCCUCAAGGUGCCCGGAGCCGAACAAUUCAACAAACCCUAUCUAUCCAUCAUUCAACCUCCGCUCAGUUGCCAUCGCACAUCCAAUACACCGUCUAGCUUCAGACACGACAACAAGCUCGAUAUGGCUUCCCGGAAGAUCGCCAGCAGGGCCAGCAGGCUCAUAUGGACAACCCCGCGAUGCGUUCCCUCGUCGCAACAACCGCUCGCGUUCUCGUCUCGUGCAUACCUCGCGACCUGUCGCAGCACCUCUGCCCGGGCGCCCGCGAUCCCGUCUACACGGGCGACCUUCCGACUGAUUGUACCUGCAACACCAGUCAGGAGCGCGCGCACCACUUACUCGACCCAAUCGUCGAGCGAAGCGGACCCGAAAGGCCAUGAGAUUUCGGAACGAGGGACUAAGAUUUGGAGUUUUGAGCAGAUCAAUGAAAUCACGAAGAACCCAGGCAAAGUCAUCCUCGUCGAUACCCGCGAACCCGCCGAACUAGACAAGACAGGCCACAUCCCCGGCGCCAUUAACAUUCCAAUCGGAACGCGACCCGAUAGUUUCUUUUUGCGGGAGGAGGACUUUGAGGACAGCUUCGGCUUCCCGCGGCCCCCCAAGGACGCCGAGGUCGUGUUCUACUGCAAAGCUGGCGUGAGGAGUCGAGCGGCUGCCGCCCUGGCGAAGGAGGCCGGGUGGACGAAUGUUGGAGAGUACCCCGGAAGCUGGCUCGAUUGGGAGGAGAAAGGAGGGCAGGCCCAGAAGUGACCGCCGCUCGUUUUUUCUAUCGGAGCAUGUGCUCGAACUUGACAUGAUAGGAGACAAUAUUGGACUGUAAAACAAUGCGAAACGGGCUACCAAUCUGACAACGGGGGAAUCAAACGUCAUUGACAUUACUCCAACGUCGGGAGAGAUCUCAAGACAACAUGCAAAUGGUGCAUGGUCGGGAUUUGGAAUUCAUUGGUGUAUUGUACACUCGUCGUACAUGAUGGGAUCUUGAGCAAAGCUGAGCGAUCCACGCCCCUUCCUUCUUGCUUUCUCAUUUUUAUCACCGUCUCUUCUGAUUCAGGCCAGCCCAACCCAGGCCCUGCCAAAAAUAAUCCAAC